AUGAGCGAGAGGACGGGCGUGACGAUUGGCGUGCUGGCGCUGCAGGGCGCCUUCCACGAACAUAUCGCGCGCUUUGCAUCCCUCAGCGCGAGUGCAAGCCAUGUGUCUGUGCGCAGCAUUGCUGUGCGCCGGCCCGAGCAGCUCGCGCAGUGCGACGCGCUCGUGAUUCCCGGCGGCGAGUCGACGGCCAUUGCGCUCGGCCUGCACAACGCCGGCCUGACGGAGCCGCUGCGCACAUGGAUCCGCGAGGGAAGGCCCGUGUGGGGCACAUGUGCGGGCAUGAUCAUGCUCGCGAACACCGCCACCGGCGGCAAGCGCGGCGGCCAGGAGCUGCUGGGCGGCCUGCACAUCCAGGUGGGACGCAACGGCUUUGGCUCGCAGGUGAACUCGUUCGAGUGCGACGUGCAGUGCCCUGCGAUCGGCGACACGCCGUUCCCCGGUGUGUUCAUCCGCGCGCCGGUGGUCGAGGCGCUCGGCGGCGGCGGCGCGGCGGCGGCGGCGCCCGUCUCGCACAGCCCCGACGACAUGCACGGCCUGUUCCCGGGCACGCCCGUAGAGCCGAUCGCGUGGCUCCCGCCGGCCUCGGACACAGCCGCGGACCCGUCGCGCGUCGUCGCCGUGCGCCAGGGCCGCCUGCUCGCCACGAGCUUCCACCCGGAGCUGACGACCGAUACACGCCUGCACAACUACUUCGUGCAGAUGGUCGUAGGCGCCGCCUAG